UACGUCACCAACUGGGCUCAAUAUCGGCCUGAACCCUGGGAUUUUGCCAUGGAGGACAUUGACGCCAGUCAGUUUACGCACCUUAUUUACGCCUUUGCCCAAGUGGCUGCCAAUGGAGCCGUGGGUGCAGGCGACCCCGCCGACGUGAACAUGGACCAGCCUGAGCUGGGCAACUACCGCCUUUUUCAUAAGCAGGUGCGCCGCGUGAAUCCUGAUAUCACGACCCUGCUCAGUGUGGGUGGUGCCAACCUGAGGCCAGGCUUGCUCUCAACCAUUGCCGCGGAUGGCGCGCUGCGAGCUCGCUUCGUUGGCAAUCUCAUCAGUUGGGUGCGCGCCCAUGGCUUUGGUGGCAUUGACCUGGACUGGGAGUUUCCCGGCUACGAGCCCACGGGUGGGCGAACAGUGGACCGCGCCAAUUAUGUCACUUUAUUGCGAGAGCUACGUCAGGCCAUUACCGAGGAUGCCAGCAAGACGGGCAAGAGCCCACUGGUGUUUACGGUGGCUGUCAAUGCCUUUCAGUAUAUCGCCAGCCAAGGCUAUGAUAUCCCACGCGUACAUUCCUAUGUGGAUUAUAUCUUGCUCAUGACCUACGACCUACAUGGCGACUGGGAGACGGUCACAGGCGCCCAUACAGCCCUGCGCGCCUCGGAUGGCCUCAGCGUACGCGACGGUGUGUCCUACUGGCGCAAUCAAGGUGCACCAGCCAACAAGCUCGUGGUUGGUGUGGCUGCAUUUGGGCGCGGCUGGACCCUGGCACGAUCCGGGAAUGCGCUCGUCGGGGCGCCUGCCACUGGGGCGAGCGCGCCGGGCGCCUUUACCAAAGAGGCUGGUCUGCUGGCCUACUUUGAAAUUCAAGACCUCCAGAUCAGCGACGAUUGGCGGUCAGUCUACCACAACGCGACCCGCACCAUGUACGCCUAUCGCGACCUACAGUGGGUCGGCUACGACUCGCCACGCACAGCUGCUUUCAAGGCUCAGCUCGUCAUGGAAGAGGAUCUGGCUGGUGUUAUGCUGUGGACGCUGGACAUGGACAACUACCAGGACCACCUUCCGCUGACCCAAGCCCUGCGUGCCAACUUG